AUGCAAAUUCCUUCAUAGAUACUAUAUUACCACCUAUAUUCUAUCACUUUAUUUUAAAAUAGACGACUAAGGAAGCGGAUAUAAAUGAAGCUUAUCAGAUAUUAACCAUAAAAUAGAAAAAUCAAAAAAUUUAGAAUAUAAUUAAUCUAUUCUAUUAUAUUUUUAAACGCCAAAAUUUUAUAAAGACUUUUUUUAAAAAAAGCUGUUUAUGGAUAAAAUUUUGAUAAUAAAACUUCUUAUUUUAUAUAAUUUAAUGUACAGCAAUAUCCUAUUUUCGAGUUUUUUAUAGUUGAGUCAUUAAUUUUUAGUAAAUUUACUGGCAGUUUAUGA